CUCUAAGCCUCUCAGUCGGUAUCAGACAUGAAGACCGCAGGAUUCGUCGCCGCCGCUGCCUUGGCGCAGAGCGUCUCCGCGCACUACAUCUGGAACACGCUCAUCGCGGGCGAUGCGGAGAGCCAGGCUGCUGUGCGCCAGCCCAUUAACAACUCUCCGGUCACGGACGUUACCUCGGCCGACAUCACUUGCAACGUCUCGCCCGGGGCUGCCUCUGAGACCGUCACCGUCGCCGCGGGCUCGACCGUCGGGUUCAAGCUCGAUAACACCAUCUACCACCAAGGCCCCGCCGCCAUCUACCUCGGCCAAGCCCCCGGCGACGUCGCCUCCUGGGACGGCUCCGGCGAUGCGUGGUUCAAGAUCGCGGAGUGGGGCGCCGAAUUCGAGCCCUCGUUCACGUUCACGGACUUCAACGCCGCGCAGCUGACGACGACGAUCCCUGCGAGCGUGCCCAGUGGGCAGUACCUCGCCCGCAUUGAGCAGAUUGGCCUCCACGUCGCGGGCGCGCCGCAAUGGUACAUUUCGUGCGCGCAGAUUGAGAUCACGGGUGGUGGCUCGGGCUCGCCGUCGAAGGUGUCGAUUCCGGGAUACGUCUCUCCUGAUGACCCGGGCCUCACUGUCAACAUCUACAACCCUGUCCCGACGGCGUACACUGUCCCGGGGCCGGCUGUGUACUCCGGAUGAUCAGCUGGAGCAGUGAACUUUAGCUCGCUUCUUCUGAAGUCGUGUGUAUGUACCUCUAUUCCGAGUCAGGGUAAUGCCGUCUGCGUUUCGUCCGCUGCAUUUGCAUAUCUCGUGAUAUCUUACCCAACUUGUCUUGAU